CUCCCCCCUCCUCUGACACUGCAGUCCUCAAUUUCUCUGUUUCCAUCUAUGUGGUAAGCUUGAUACCUGAUAGUGCAAACAAAGCAAACACCCCACACCUUAUUAUUGUUUGGUCACCACCCCCUAAAACUUUCUCAGUUUUCCAGUGUCCUGAAAAUUUCUGCUUCUCUUUCUAUAUUGUUCCAAGCUUUGUGAUCCCUCAAUACUUUUGCUAGUCCCUUAUUUAGCUUCUCACAACCACAACCCUUCAGCCAAAUCACAUCAAUUCCUUUCUCUCUCACUUCUUUUCCUUUGCUCUCCUAUUUGCUUUAUUUCUCUUCUUCUUCUUCUUCCACCUAAGCUCCUCCUAAUGCCCUCUUCUUGCCAUGGAAACCACAAUGGAGGAUAUGCUGAAUCUUCUUAUGGAGUAAACCAACAAGAGUUUUCUGGAAUAAACUCCAUGCCUACUCCCUUCCUUACUUCCAAGCCUUGAAAAGAAAGGAUCACUUCUGCUUUACCCCUGCAGCCUAGAGAGAGGAAGGUCAAAAAAAGGACCUCAAAAAUAGAGAGCACAAAGUUUAAGAGAAUGGAUCUUUCUGGUCAAGAAGGAGAGAUCCCAAUCCCAAUAACCAGUGUAUAUGUUGGUGGUCAUGGCCAUGGCAGCAUCCAUGACAGCCCUCCCAUCCACCACCCCUCCAAUGGCCCUCCUCCUCCUCCCCUAUCCACUGCCACCACAGAGGACCACCACCACAACACCACCAACUCCUACAGCACCAAGAAAGGGGUGGUAGUAAGGUACAGGGAGUGCCUCAAGAACCAUGCAGCUUCCAUCGGUGGGAAUGCCACUGAUGGGUGCGGUGAAUUCAUGCCCAGUGGCGAGGAGGGAACUCUGGAGGCCUUGAAGUGCUCUGCCUGCAGCUGCCACAGGAACUUCCACAGGAAAGAGACAGAAGGAGAGCCCUGCUGCGACUGGUUCUACCCCCUCAGGGGGAGGAAGGUGAUGGGCCACAAGGGCCUCCUCAUCUCAGGAUCAGAUGCAUUUGGUUACAGCCCUGCAUGCAAUAGCCUCAUUCCAAGGGCCACACCUCACAACAUGAUCAUGCCUCUGGGUGUCAUGCAGACCUCUGAGUCUGAUGAGAUGGAAGGGGUGGGUGCGAUGAUGGCAAGGCCUGUCGUGGUGAAGAAGAGGUUCAGGACCAAGUUCACCCCAGAGCAGAAGGAGAAGAUGCUGAGCUUUGCUGAGAAGGUGGGGUGGAGGCUGCAGAAGCAGGAGGAGAGUGUGGUCCAGCAGUUCUGCCAGGAGAUUGGGGUGAAGAGGAGGGUCCUCAAGGUGUGGAUGCACAACAACAAGCAUCACUUGGCAAAGAAGAACUCUCUCCAGCUUGAAUGACCACUGAAAUCCUCUUGCAUCAUCAUGCCAAAUGCUCAUCUUACAAGUUGAGUUUUGGUGGUAGCAUGUCAUAACUAUUUUCUUGUAUCACUUUCUGAGAUUUUCUCUUCAUUUUCCACACUGUCAUAAUCAUGAGUUUACCAAGCUUUAGUGUUAAUUAUAUUAAUGUUUAGGCA